UUGCGAGUCUUGUCCGGUCCAAAGUCCCAACGCUCCUCUCUGCUUCUCGCUCCCCCGCUUUAAAGUGCUUAUCGUUCCAGCACUUGUAAUCCAAUUUCGGUUACUACUCGGAGGAAUCAAGACUCUAAAACGGAGCUCCGUGGCUUUGUUUCUACUUUCUAGCGGGUCUUGGAUUCUCCGAUGGUUUUUGGAGCUUGAUUUCUAGAGAGAGGGAGAGAGAGAAAGUGAGGAUGGAAAUGGAGGAAGAUAUGGAGGUGGAGGUGGAGGUGGAGGAGGAGCAAGUGUUUGUGGCGCACGAAGUGGACAUUGACUACGAGUUUGACGCGGCGAGGUUCUUUAAUUUCAGCCGGGAGGAGACGCCGGUGGAGGCUCGCCGUGCCGAGCUCUGGUUCGAAUCGGCCAAGAGUUAUCCUCCGUCGCCUGUGGUGACAAAGUUGAUGCUAGGAGGUGACAUUCUCCUGGGAAAUGUCAACACAUCUCCGAAAUCGAAAGAUGUGGAGAAUACAAAUGGCAUUGCCUGUAAUAUCGGCGCCGGCCGAGAGUCUUGUGCGAUGGAUGUAAAUAGCAGAGGGAUCUUUGGGAAUUUACAGAGAGUUCUAAAUCAACCACAUGGAGCAGGGUUGCCAUUCAAUCAUUCAAAAGGUCAGCCCCACUCUUCAGUGAGACCAUCAUUCCCCAGGAAAUCAACUUUGAUGAAGCCUACAGCAAGUCAACUUGCUAAGCACAAUCGGCCCCCUCAGAUUGGUGGUUCCAGAUUUCAGACACUACAUGUUCAAAACAGUGAGAAGAGCUUCUGUAGUUCUUCUGGAGUUGAAACUCAAUCUACCAAAAGGCAGAAGUUAGAGGGAGGUCACUUGCAUAAGGUUACUACUGAUUCAAUGCAGCAAACUAAUUUCAUCCACAAGACACCUAAAAAGGUUGAAACUUUUGAUAAGACCUCUACUCAUGCCAAGUUGAAACUUACUAUUCCAAUAGAGCCUGACUUUGAAACGACAAAUAGGGCACAAAGAAUAAGGCCUACGAAUGGAUCAGUGUUAGAACAAGUGCCACCAGCUCCUCGAAAAUUCAAAGCUCGUCCUUUAAACAAAAAAAUUUUUGAGGCUCCCUCACUGCCACUCUCAAAGAGGAGCACUCCGAAGUUGCCAGAAUUUCAUGAAUUUCACCUGAAGACAAUGGAAAGAGCUAGGCUAAAUACAUCUACUGUUCCAUCAUCUUCACAUCUUUUCAAUGGGAAAGAGAAGGUGGUGGACAAACCUAUUGCUUCCACCAUUGCAAGAAAUGGAAACGGGGAACCUAGAAGGCCAAGUAAAUGGGACGGUCCUAAGCAGGAUGGAAGUGAUGUAAUGCCAAAAUUUAAAGCUCGUCCUCUUAAUAAAAAGAUAUUUUCUAGCAAAGGCGACAUCGGUGUUUUCUGGAAUAGAAAAAGAGAAACCACUGUACCAAUGGAAUUUAAAUUUCAGACAGAGAGGAGAACUCAGCAGAUUCCGCCAACUGAUCUUUUCAGUAAGCUCUCUUUAACAUCUGAGCUCCAGCCGAAUAAUGGAUCUCGAUUGAAAUUACCCUUGCCAACAUCUGUAUCAAUGAAGGACUCAAAAGAAAAUAGAGCGAAUAAUAUCCAACCAGAACAUAAGAUAAUAGUCAAGGAGAAAUCUUCUCUGUCCUAUGGAAAGCAGGCUCUAUUUGGGGGUGCCAGGCCUAUCGGUGAUGUUGAUAACAAAACAAGGAUGAGGAGUUUGGGAGUCCGCUAGAGGUAAAAAAAAGAUCACAAAGUUCUUGACAUGGAUAUGAAUCUGAAUUGGAUCGCUAUGGUGAUUGCGGAACAAUGCUUCAAAAAACUGAAAUCCUAUUGGGGAAGAUGGAAGCCAUGUUAACAGUUCCAGACACGCCAAACCAGCUUUGCCCUCACCAAUUUGUAGAUUUUAGCGGUUAUCCAAUAAAAUUCUCUAAAGGCCGGCGUUGUACAGCUAGCUGCUUAGGCCACCUUUUUGAUAGUAUUCGACACAGGUAAUUGCGAUUAGUCCCAAGGUUAAAAAUAUACACAAUGCAAUCAUGUGCUCACUCAAUAGAUUGAUGUUGUGGACAGUUUGUUACAGCAUUUUCUUAUAUGUAAUUGCCAUUUAAAGUACUAAUACGGCCUUGGAAAAUCUAAUCUGACAAGGACCAGGUUUCUGUGGCUCAUUCCCUCUAGCGUAUCAUUAAUAGUUCAAAUAUAUGAUUCAUUUU